UAAUAUCAGUCUUUCCGGUCAUUAUUUUAGUGAAUCGUGCAUCAAACUCCCUGCACAGUGGAUCCAACUUCCAACCAAAACGCGCUUUGUUUACAUUCAUGCUUGUUUGACAGUUGCUCAACACACUCACACGCCGGUUGGUUAUCAAACACCUUUUUUCCGUCGCAGCGCUGCUCCCUGCAACGUGAUUUGAAUUUCGAGUGGAAAAGUGCAAAUUGAACAAAGCUCCAUGCAGUAAAAGGAGCAGUCGAAGAUGCUGAAGCUGCUCCAGUUGCUGCCGAAAACGUGCAGCCCGUUCACCACCAGAGCGCUGUACGCCGGUGCCGUCGAUGGUGGACUGUUGCGGCACGCCUUCCGUACGGACGAUGCAAACAAGGACGAUUUGCCGCUGCUGGAUGAUUCCAUCUCCGCUGCGACGGCACUGUGGAAAAAGGAAGAGCUGCUGUCGAGGCUUAAAAACCUGCUCAACUGUACCCACGAACAGUCGGAAAAGCUGUACAAAGCUAACCGGAAGGCGUUGCGCGUGUUUGCUGCAAGGUUGCUUACGGACAAUAUUGAGCUGCUGCGGGCGAAUGGGAUCGACGAUAAGUUUAUCUACGAAAAUCCGCGUGUACUUUCCACACCGACCGAUGAUUUGGCUAAAAAGCUUAAACUAUUGCGCGAACUUCCUGCGGUUGAGGAUUGCAAAAUGCUGACGCCCUUCCUAAAAGCCUCGCUAAAAGCCAUCGACCGGAUGGUUGCCGUGGCCAAGCAGGAAACGAUCCCGGGCGGAAAUCGGAUCAAUUACCUCAGCGAGCGAACGGGCACGGAGGUACCGGUUGUGAUUAAAUUCUUCGCCACCAACAUACGCGUGUACCGCAUCGCGCUGGACAAGUUCAUCGCCAAUCUGGACAUCUGUCUGGCGCACCUCGAACCGGCCCACGUGGUGCGGCACCUGUCCGUGCUGGCGUACGCCACUUCCUCGAUACGCGAGCGGCUGCAGGCGUUGAAAAACUCCCCGCUGGAGACGAUUAAACCCUGGAUGGUGCGCGUACCGGACAUUGCGCUGGGCAAAUCGUUCGAAGCGGUGAUCGAGAAGGGACGGCAGCCCGUGUUUAAAGACAGCGUCACGGGCACGUGGUUUGAGACGUACGUGCUGAAGCGAAUGGAGUCGCUGCUCGGCUGCACGGAGGAGACGAGCCGCGCGAUCUACGACAAGUGUAAAGGGUCCGUCCAUCUGGUGGACAAUAUUGAAUUUCUGCUCGAGAAGGGAGUGGUCGCGGAGGUGAUCAUACAGCACGCGCCCAUGCUGACGGCGAAGCGGGAAGAUUUGCACCAAAAGGUAGCGACGCUGGAAACGUUGCAGUGCUUGCGCAACCUGAACGACGUUGUGCCGCUGUGCGUGCUGAAGGCGUAUCAGCUCAAAAAGAUCGUUAACAAUCUAAACAACGAGCAGCUCGGGCCGGUCAACACGAACCGCAUCUACUAUUUCGCUGACAGUACCGGCUUCAAGCCGGGCGAGGUGACGGAACAGUUUGCCCGCCGCACGUUCAUGUUUCGCAUCCCGAAGGAUAGCUUUCUCGCCAACCUGAAACUAUUUCUCGAGCACAUGAACCGGGAGGACAUUCUGGCGGACCUGUGGGCGUUCAAGUAUUCGCCCGGCAUCGUGGCGGAGAGGAUUGCCCGCGCGAAGGAGGUGCGCGGCAAGAAACUGAUGCCCUGGAUGGUACGGUGCCCGGACGUGGUGCUGGAGAAGUCGCUCCAGCUGACGAAGGAGAGCGGUGCGCUGCUGGGCGAGAACGAAACGAUCGUGGAGUAUUUCUGCAAGCGGCUAGGGUUCGAUCGGGAGGUGGCGAACUCGAUUUUCAUAAAGGCGCCGUCCGUGCGGAACGUGCGCAUCACGAAGGUGAAGAAGGUGAUCGACUAUCUGCUGGACGAGCUCGACUACACGCCGAACGAUAUUGCGCUGAAUCCGCGCAUACUGAUGCACAGCCUGCAGACGACGAAGAAGCGGAUGGCCCAGCUGAAGGAGAUUGGCUGCCGGCCCAAAUCGCUCAUCAUUGUGUGCAAAAGCCAGCGGCAGUACGAUCUGUUCGUGAAGGAGUGGAUCGAUGCGAAGGAGCGCAAGACGAAAGUACAACAGUAUGGUUAGGAGAACAGGUUGAUUGGAAAGGAAGAAUGGUUCUUCAGCCCUUUGAGCAAUUGUGGAGUGUGAUGUAACAAAAAAACUAAAUACAGAAUAAAAUGCAGAAGUUGGCCAAAGAGUCAGGAGUAAUGUA